CAGAGUAAGGAAUCCGAGCUUAAUGCACUAUUCACUAAAAUCCAAAAAUUAGAGGAAGAAAUUGCGACAUUAUACCACAAGAAAUUAAUAUCCAAAAAGCUAGAAUCAGCUGAGAUGACAUUAACAGGCGUUUUAGGUGCAAUCUUUGAAACAGAGGAAGAGAAGGAGUAAAUUGCCAGCGUCCAUAAAACGUGGACGGUGGGUUGGGGUCGUAAAACGCGACCUCAACAAAAUGACACUAGAGGAAAAUAAAUUGCGGCAGUUUUGUUGGGGUGGUAAAACGCCACCUCAGGUCUAAUGUGCCGAUAACGGCACCUCAGGCCUAGCAAACUUUUUAAUCGAUCAUUCUUAUCAUAUAAUAUGGUCUGAUGAUGUUUUUUAUGUAACCUAUAUAUAUGAUAAGAAUGAUUGAAAAAAUGUUUGUUAAUGACGAUUUAGAAAUUGAGCUGACAUCAUUUAUUGACGAUAAGCAAAAUGUUUGGUUCAAAGGUAAGGAUGUUGCUACUAUUCUCGGUUAUAGUAAAACAAGAGAUGCAUUAUUAAAAUAUGUUGAUAACGAGGAUAAACAACUGAUUUGUUGGCGUCCACGUUUUGUGGACGGCAACAAUAACCAAUGUUGCUCCCCUGAAACGAGGGGUCAACAAAAUGACACUAGAGGAAAAUAUUAUACAUUCAUUAAUGAAUCUGGAUUCUAUUCCCUUGUAUUAUCCUCUAAAUUGGAAUCUGCGAAAAAGUUCAAACACUGGGUAACUUCACAAGUCAUCCCAUCUAUCCGUAAAUAUGGCCAAUAUAAACUGUUUGAUAGUCCCUGGAAUAAGAUGAUCAUGAUUGGCAAUGAGACUGACCUCCAUUAUAAAGUAGUGGACCUCAUGAGGAGAUAUUAUCCACAUACUAUAUUAGUAGCAGGACUGGGGAAGAAUCAGGAUACUGAAGGUAAGAGACUGGAUUCGUAUAAGAAAGGAUAUAUGAGAGGACAGCCUGAUCUAAUGGUACUCGAUUAUCACAAAGACUCUAAAGGCCUCUGCAUCGAAUUCAAAUCACCAACUAAUAAUUAUCAUGUAUCAGAAGCACAAAAGGAGAUGAAGAAAAAGUACGUUAAUAAUAGCUAUGCAUUUAUACUCAGUAAUGAUUAUGAUAGAAUCUGCAUGAAUAUCCACGAUUAUAUGAAAGGCAUCAGAGUACCCUGUAAAUAUUGCAUCAAACAUUUCUAUGAUAAUGACACACUAGAAACCCAUUACAGAGUCAUCCACAGGAUUAUCUAA